UGGAAAUGUUGAUCAUAGACACGCCCAAUGCUGUGCAUUUGUCAGCGGUCAGAGAUUCGGCAAUGAAACCUGUCUCAUGAGCCGGCGACUUACUCAACAUCCACAUUUGCGGUGACCCGAAAGCUAUGCAUUAUGUCACUCUAGAAAGUGACAGAUUAUGAGGGAUAUCCAAAAGGAUAUGCUGUCCUGAAGCUUCAGCGUUUCAACUCAACUAUAUAAGGAACGUAGGGCGUUGCCCAAGAUGAGCUCCCAUCAUCAGCAACAGCCUCAAUCCUCCAGAUAACCUCCUCUCAACUACUUUAAUCAAAUACCUUUUGCCACACAUUCUUCCGCUACCCAAAGAUGUCUCUCAAGCCGAUCAUCCUCCACGGCCACCAAGGCGGCCCCAACCCCUGGAAGGUGGCCAUGAUCCUGGAAGAGCUCGAAAUCCCGUUUGAGCACAAAUAUGUGCCGUUCGACACCAUCAAGAAGGAGCCCUUCAUCUCCAUCAACCCCAACGGCCGUGUUCCCGCCAUUGAAGACCCCAACACCGGAAUCACCCUGUGGGAGUCUGGUGCCAUCAUCGAAUAUCUCGUCGAGACCUACGAUAAAGACAACAAGAUCAGCCCCAAGGCCGGCACCCCGGGCUACUUCCAUGCCAAGCAAUGGCUCCAUUUCCAGAUGUCCGGACAAGGACCGUACUUCGGUCAAUUCAUCUGGUUCACCCGUUACCACCCCGAGAAGAUCUCGAGUGCUCAAGAGCGCUACUUGAACGAGAUCCGCCGCGUGACGGGCGUGCUGGACAAGGUCCUCGAAGGUCGGGAGUACCUGGUCGAUGGAAAGUUCAGCUACGCCGACGCUUCGUUUGUGCAGUGGUACCAGAUUAUUCCUAUGGCUACUGGGGAUGCCAUUGAUUUGGAGAAGGACUUCCCCAACGUCAACGCUUGGCUGCAGAGACUGCAGGCGAGACCUGCGAUCGCAAAGUGCCUGAAGACGUACAGGGAGAAUCUCGGUGCCAAAUAGGAGUGAGGAGGGAGUGGGCUAUGAACCCGGAGCUUAAUUUUGGAUUUCAAAGCGUGUGCGCACUGAUUUGUAUGUUAUUUAUGCG